AUGCCAGCAACGGACGAGAAGAGCGACAACAAUAUUACGUGCUCAGACCUGUUUGAAACUUUGGCAUCUCUGCCGGUGCGGGUUCUUAGCAUCGCUGUCGAAGUGGUUGUGACGAUGCCACGCCUUCUCAGAAUACCCAUGUCUAUUGCUCUUACUGUCUUCAUCGUUUACCAAAUCAUUGGGGCUGUGACCAACACGGUAGCAAAAUCUGUUCACGCAUCCCUCUCACCGCUGUGCCUCAUACCUGGCGCAAGCCUCUUCAAUCUCUCGAUUUGCAAAUCGUCGUCUCCGUUGCCAGUCUUGGAGAAACUCAAAUUGGGCUCUGUACCUCCGCCUGUCGACUUUGGUCAACUCAUCACGAUUGAAUCUCCAAUCGAAGGACUCCUUCACGCUGGUAUCCAACAUAUGCCUCUGUCUCAAUAUUUAAUUCAGGGGGAGAUGAGAGUCCGUCAACUACGUACCCGAGUGCGGGUCAGCUCAUUCAAGAACCGGGGUGAAUUGCUCGACAUUCUUGAAGCAUUCAUUGGCAAAACACACGAGACAGUUGACACAGUCUUGCUGUUCAAUUCGCGUCUUCGUGGGCUGCUUGAUCUCAUAGCGAUACAGACAAAUAGUACCAUACGCAGACUUGAAUGGAUGGCUGAAAAGGAUUUUAUAGAGCCCCCUGGCGCCCUUUCGCGCUCUAUGCAAUGGCUUGUUCCUGGAUAUAUAGAUCUAUGGACGUAUCGGAUGAGAGAAAUGACUAACGCGUUCACUUACCACAAGCGAUUUGUCCUAGACAGGUUGGAGAAAAUAAUAAGUAGCGGCGAAUAUAUCCUCAACGGUCUUGAUUCCUUGGAUUACCUUCUAAAUGAACUACAUAAGAGGUUGCUUCCCGCAGAUGCGGGGGACCGCACAUAUAGCGCGGAGAACCUGUCGAUAAUGUGGAGCAUCCUCUGCACCUGGGGUCGCCGUGAGGAGGGCGGUAUCUGGACCGGACUCAGCGCCGAGGACAAGGAAAAGCUCAGCCAUCUCACCGAGUUUGACAAGCAUCGUAGAGCGACCCGCUCCCAUGUCGGCAACUCAACGCUCACGCUGAGAACCAUGGCGGCCGCGCUAAAACACCUGUCCGAGAAUAUCGACGAUUCUCGACUCAUUGACGCUUCGGCGCGCCCGUCGCCAUCUUCUGCACUUUCUCUCUCCGCCCAUAUCCAAAUUCUCCGCAAAGGGGCGGAAACACUCACAAAACUCCAUCGCAUCAAUGCAGAUCGUCAUCGCCUGGAAUAUAAACGUGUUAUUGAAGAUCCGUCCAAUUGGAUGCAGCCAUAG